AUGGCGGCAACUGCAACGUUAGUGAAGUUGGACUUGGAGGAUGUUUUGGCUGAACUUGACUAAAAUGACACCAUUGAAAAAUUCAAAUCGGAAAGAAUUGACUUAGACAAUUUUUUAAAUCUUACAGAACAGCAAUUAAUCCGAUUAGCGGUAAAGACAAUAGGAGACAGGUUCCGGUUGACAGAAAGGGUAAGAUUAGAGAUAAAAAAGAGAAAUGCAUGUAAACCAGUUGACCGCAAUGAAAAUCUUGUAAAUCAAAUAAUUCAACAGCGUUAUACGUUGUUUAAUAGAAACAGAAAUGGCCGAGGUCAGAAGAGACGCACGGGCAGUGUAUCUAAUUCUGUAGAUGCUUUGGACUCGUCUAAAAUCCCACGCACACGUGGAACCAGAACAUGGACAGUCACUGUGGUGUGUUUGGCAGAUACAAAUGCUAAAAAAAUUCCAUCAGUAGAAGAAAAAACUGUUCUUAUGAAGGCUGGGUUGGGGGCUAAAAAAAUUCAGUUAAACUUGAAUGAUGAAGAAGAAGAUGUUCUUUUAACACUACAAUCGGAUAAUAUCAACAUGAGAAAUGGGGAGACCACUGGAUUUCCGCAGUUACAAAAUUCUGGAGGGUUCGAACUGCUGAACUGUAAACAAAAUUGUCGGGAGCUGACAUUGGUUAACUGUCAAUGGAACGUCAGAUCUUUAAGAUCAUACAUUGGCAAUCAAGCUAAAAUUUACAUUCGUCCUAUUCAAACUAGCCUAGAUACAACACCAAAAGAUCAGGGAGAAAUAUUAACUGAUGCAAAAGUAAGCUGCAAAGCCUGUCAUUGUCUGUUUUCAGUUCGUGAGUUAAGAGCACACAUUCAGACUUGUGCGAGUGGAAAAAGCAUAUGUGAAAAAGAAUUACCGGUACAAGAUCUAGAUAGUGAUGAUCUACCUGACCCAGAAAUUGGUUGCCAAGGGCAGUUGCCUGUUAUAAAUCCAACUCAAAGUUUCAUACCACUUCAAACCACAGACCAGGAAGUGAAUUUGAAUAAUACAGUUUUGUAUUUUAAUCCCCCGGGCCCAUUUGUUUUCAUUUCUGAGAAUGAGACUCAGCCUCAAAUGUCUACAGCGUGUAUUGUACCAAGCAUUGAUAGAGAUUCGUCUACUCCAAUUAUGAAAGAUGAUGAGUCUAAUCUUCCUGCAGCACUUGAUGACCAGUCUCAAAAUGUUAGUAGCAGACCCUUACAAGCCUUGUCGGCAUUACAGCAAAGUACAACAAAUCCCUUGGAUGUUACCUCUGCCGCAAGUUGCAUCACAUCUGUUGAAGCGACUGUAUGUGCGGAUGCGGAGGAAAAGAGGCAAGAAGAUCAGACUAUUGACGCAGUUAUUGCAACAGCAAUAGAAUAUUGCUUAAGUCAUAACAUUCAAGAUCCUGUUGAAAUGCUUCGAUAUUUACAAAGUGUGAUUGUUACGGGACGAAAACUUGAAAUAGUAGAUACAUCACAAAGUCUUGAAGGUGCAACAAACUUCAUAAUUGUUGAUCGAAACAACAUUCUUGAGACUGCUUUUGAUGAAAUUGAUUCCAUUGCAGACCUUAGAAUGACGCUUGAAGUGCAGUUUUAUGAUACUGCUGAAGAUCUUGGUGGUCCAAGGAAGGAAUUUUUUCAACUUGUAUUAUCAGAGAUAAAAAGGAAGUACUUUGACAGUGGGCUUCGUGAACACCUUGCUAAGGAUUAUGUGACAGUAGGGAAAAUUAUGAGUUUAAGUGUACUCCAGAAUGGAAAACUUCCCAAAUUUAUGGACCCAGGAAUCUUGGAGGAUGUUUUCAGUGAUGCAGAUGGAAGCAGUGACUGCAUUAAGAAUUUGAGAAAGGGUCUGAACUGUUUAGGAUUAGUCAAGAUUGGAAGUGUGUUCCCUAUUUUUGUGCACUUAUUUAGACCUACUCAGACUACAUUGACUCUGAAGGCUGUUAUACAGAUUUUAAAACCAGUAUUUUCUGAAGAGGGAUCAAAUAGCAGACAACUUGAAAACUCUGUGUAUUCAGCAUACUUGAAAUAUUUGAGAGCAGUUGCUAGUGGGAGGAGAGGAUCUGUAUCCUUGCACCACAUCCUACAGUUUGCUACAGGUACUCCCGAGGAACCCAUUCUUGGAUUUACAUUGCAGCCUUCAAUCCAUUUUUUUGAAGCGAAAUCAAGAUCAGGGUUUAUCCCAACUGCUAACACUUGUAUCAACAACAUGAAGUUACCAAGACCAUCUUAUAAAAUUGCAUUACCAUCUGAAGAAGAACUUUUUGCAUUGUACGAUUAUGCGUUUUUGAAUACCUUUUAUGGUCUAUUUUGAAUAACUUUAUAUCAGCUACCUACUUAACACUGAUGAAUGUUUUUAUUGUCUUCAUA